AUGUCGCCGUGCACCUGCGGAAGCAGCCGGACUGUCAGGAGGAUCCUGGCGGCCUGCCUGGUUUCCCUGCUCACUCUCCUCGGCUCGGUCUCCAUUGACUUACACGACUGCGUCAUAGAGUGGAGGAACACGGAGGCCGCACUCGGCGCCAUCUCGUCCUGCACUGGUCUCAUCGCCAUGAGGCUUAUCCAGUUCCUCCAAGACCAGAGAACAUUCCGCUGUUGGGAUGACCUGAACUCCACGGGCAGGCGGGCCCUCUUAUUACACAACGCCCGCUUGUUCUGCGACGAGCGACAGGAAUUGCACAAUCAGAAGUGGACAUGUUUGGGCGCACCUGAUAUCCGUCAUAUCUGUGACACAUUUGUAGACAGCAUUGCAUUAAAGUUUGAAGCUAUGGCAGAUGCUGACUUUGGAUAUAUAUUAUCUAUCACAAUAACAGAGAUAUUAGACAAGGUUGCUCUUCCAUUAGAAGAUCUCAGUAUAAGAAAGAGACAGGCGGAAUGGGUGGAUGUGGCAUCCCUGCAUCUCCUGAUGAGAGCCACCGAGGACCUUCGUUACAUGAGUAAUUCUAUUCCGCUGUCUUCUACUGGCCUUCAGCCGUUACUAUACCAAGUCCUUAUCAAGCUGAGUUGUGCUGUGUCUACAUCAGAUACGCUGUAUAAGUGUUGGAGGGAUAAUAAGAAUAUAUCGGUAUAUCUAACCCCGCACCGAGACAUAGAUUUUUGGACACCUUUAACUUCCAACAUUUCAGGGAUGGAGCCCUCAGCUCUGGCCGAUGGCCUGGUCUCCGUGCAGGAUUGUUUAUAUCGGGAAGGAUACACGAAACUCAGCAAGCACUCUAAAGAAACUCUGUCCACUCUCAGCCUGAAGGUGACCCUCCUGACUGUGUCCUGCCUCAUAUACCCAAUUGUCCUAGUCUCAUUUAAGCAGAUGACCGAGUGGAUACAGAACUAUGCGAGGAGCCUCAAAGAGAGGACGGAGGACCUAAAAAAGGAGAGGUGCUUGGCUGAAGAUCUGCUCCACCAGAUGCUGCCGAAAUCUGUAGCCAAGCAGUUGAGGAAGCACAAGCAUGUGGAGGCAGAGAGCUACGACCAGGUUACCAUAUUCUUUUCGGACGUUGUUGGGUUCACUUCCAUUUCGGCUUCAUGCACCCCCCUGCAAGUGGUGGAAAUGCUGAACAACUUAUACAUCUGCUUUGACAGCAGGAUAGAGUCAUACAAUGUGUAUAAGUAUUCCUUCAGUGGCUCUCACAAUAGUGUAAGCGUUCUAUUUCCCGCUCUCAUCCUGAGCAAGUUUGGGGGAAGUGGAAAUGUUGCCCAUUGCAGCCAAUCAGAAUCUAGCUAUGGCAUUCUAGAAGGUGCUAGAUACAUGAGAAUCUGA